AUGUUUCUUUCUUCCCUGAUCUUGUCGUUUCUCUUGACCCGCGAAGGAUUCGGAUUACUGGUCACAAACGGAUCUCCAUGUCAAUCGUCCUGCCACCAGACGUCUUUUAACACUACCCCAGAUGCUAUCGAAUGUGUAAAGUGUGAACUACGAAGCACUUUCUUCCGUCCACGUUCCUUCGAGACGUAUGACACGGAUGUUAAAUGGGGAUUGUGUAUGCAAAAACCAGCAUUAGUAACGAAAAAAAAGGAAGAUUCUGUGUCCAGCCCGUGCCAGGUGACGUGCGACCCCCUCGGGGAGGCCAUCAAGCACCUGCUGCUUUCCCCAACGCCGGAGAACAUGCUUGAUUUCUGCGGAAUGGGAGUCUUCGACGACGGCGUCAUCACUCAAUGCGCUGCCUGUUAUAACUUGACAGAGACUCAGAAAUAUUUGGGCAACUGUAUGGCUCCAUCAUUCCCCCUUACUUCCUUAGAAAUAUAUGUGUGGCUUUUACUGAUAAAUAGUAAACACCUAGUCGUCGAAUCAAUCCGAGAAGGCUGCCACGCACACCUACCCAACGGCGUACCAUUUGUACUCGACCCAAACAAGAUCUUUGAUACCGAGCCUCUUCCACCGAACACUGACGUCCCCAAAAUCAAUGCCCCUGGAACAGCAAAAAAGAACAUAAAAAACCUCAUCCUCGUCAUAGUUUUACCUAUUGUCGGGUUCCUAUUAUUAGCGGCAUGCGCAUGUGGCGCGUGUGUAUUCUGCAUUCAACGUCGCCGACGCAAAGCGAAGAGAAGGAGCCAACCGUCGUAUCUUCACGAGCGGUGGAAUGACACGGGCAUAAUGUCACCAGUGCACAACCACCUACGUCGAAGUUGGGGAGAGCCGUCCCCUUACCAACCCGAAUUCACUGGACCGUACGCGGAAUAUCCGAAUCAAAACCAUAUGAGUGCCUUCGGGACUCCACAAGACAUAAAAUAUCCACCAGAGACACAUGCGAUGGAAUCGACCUCGCCGCAGUUUGCGACGGUGUCGCCCAAGUCAGUCAUGGAGACGCCCAAAUUAUUCCCGGCCCCUCCACCUCGCAAGUCAAUGAAUGACUGA